AUGCACUCGCGUCGGCCCGAGACUUUGAAGAUUGACAUCUCAAAGUAUAGGGGGGUCGAAGAAGACUCCCUCUUGAGAUGGUUCGUCGAAUUGGAUGACGCCAUAAGGGCGCGUCGCAUCGACGACGGGGAUAUGCAAGUUGCAUUUGCCCAGUCAAAUCUGGCAGGACGUGCCAAGACUUGGGCACUGGGGCUCAAGCUGCACGACCCAUACGCGUUUGGGUCGUUGGAAGUCUCUUCAAGUCGCGGCUCAGACAAACGUUUGAACCGCCUAGAGCUGAGUUCAGAGCUCGAACCGAACUCUUGA